AACAACAGGGAGGCAGAGGCGUGAAACGACGUAGAGAAACAUGGAAACUUCCCAGACACACAGCUCCGAAAGCAUGUCCAACGACCUGUCAGAGCUCCUGAAGGAAGCCACCAAGGAGGUGCACGAGCAGGCAGAGAACACACCUUUCAUGAAGAAUUUCCAGAAGGGGCAGGUGUCACUCUACGAGUUUAAGCUGGUUACGGCAUCCUUGUACUUCAUCUACUCUGCUCUGGAGGAAGAGAUUGAACGUAACAAGGACAACCCAGUUUUUUCGCCUGUGUAUUUUCCAGUGGAGCUGCACCGAAAAGCUGCCCUGGAGAAAGACUUGGAGUACUUCUACGGCAGCAAUUGGAGGAAAGAGAUCCCAUGUCCUGAGGCUACUCAGAAAUAUGUUGAGAGGCUCCACUACGUAGGCCAGAACCACCCAGAGCUCCUGGUGGCCCAUGCCUACACUCGGUAUUUGGGAGACCUGUCUGGGGGGCAGGUGCUGAAGAAAAUUGCCCAAAAAGCCCUCCAGCUGCCCAGCACUGGAGAAGGCCUGGCUUUCUUCACCUUUGAUGGAGUCUCCAACGCCACCAAGUUCAAGCAGCUCUAUCGCUCCCGCAUGAAUGCCCUCGAGAUGAAUCUUGCCACUAAGAAAAGAGUCUUGGAGGAGGCCAAGAGAGAAAUACAGGUGUUUGAGGCGCUGCAGGAGUUGGUAUCUAAGGGCCAGCAGAAUGGUCGCCCUGUGCAGCCGAAGGCAGAGCUUCGCACAAGGAGCAUUAACAAAUCAUACGAAAACAAUUCAGCGCCUGGGAAAGAAAGUGAGAGGACAAAGACGAGACACACAGAUACAAUGUCCAUCAGUCCCCUGGUGCGGUGGAUCCUGGCAAUCAGCUUCCUAGCCACCACAGUUGCCAUGGGCUUAUUUGCCAUGUGAAAGAUCAGG